AUGGGCGGUGCAAGCAGAGAAGGCGGCAAGGUCAAGCCCCUCAAGGCGGCCAAGAAGGACAAGAAGGAGCUCGACGAUGAUGACCUCGCCCACCAGGCCAAGCUCAGAGCCGAUGCCAAGGCCAAGAAGGAACUGAUGGAGAAGGCCAAGGGCAAGGGUCCCCUGAACACCGGUGCUCAGGGUAUCAAGAAGUCGGGCAAGAAAUAG